UUCACUUUGCUUUCGCUGCGCUUCGAUCUAAGAUUGGACCAUACCAGUGGUAAUCCAACUUGGAUAUCGUCGUGUGGUGUUUUCAGUUCAUUUUUCGCGUUAUUCGUAUCGUGUGUUUUUCUUUCCGCGUCAUAAAUUGGACGCUUCGCGUAGUGUGUGUUGAAAAAGAAGAAAUGGAAGGCAGGCUCGAGCCCUGCAAAAAAUGAAUGCAUUGCCAGGGGCAAUAAAAUUUCGAGGCAAGCGUCAUCGAAUGAUUUCGGCGCGUCGGUCGAAAAUGUAAACGCCGUUACCCAGGCAGCAACCAAAAUCAAGCUCCCCCCGCUGGUGGUGAAGGCGGUCGCUCUUGACGAACUCAUCAGCGAAUUUGCAUCGACGGGUGUUACAGCAGAGUACAAGCUGUGUGGCAUAAUUCAGUCUUUUCCAAGCAGUUAACAUUGUUUGUUUUUCGUCAUCAUAAGGGUUUCGUUGGUCACAGCAUUAUAGAAUACUAUCCGAAGGUAUAAAAAAGUGACUUAUAUAAAAUAACAGCAUAGUUCUACGUCAACAAUGCGGUCGUAUCUUGGAAACAACCUCCUAUACAGUCGAAUUUCACUCGUUGCACUAAGCUCUUAGCCCAAUUUGUGAAAGACUUUCACUCGUUGGGCUGAACUGUCAAAAUCGAAAAUCGAUCGAGGGUCACACCGAUUGUUUGUUGUUAUGGGAAACGCAGAAAAGUUUUCACACCACUGACGUUUAUUUCAUUCGUGGUUGAGUUUCGUUCUAGGUUGGAUUAAUUGGUAAGUUCUUAAUGAAGUUUGAUAUUAAAAUUAGCGUAGAUUUAAUAUACGUUCAUUUCGAUCGCCAGGCUCAAAAUGGAUGGUUUGCAAGGAUCCAGUACGAACGUUAACCGGAAACGGAGGAGCAAUUUCCUGACGCUUGUGGAGAAGGUUCGCAUAAUUGAAGAUUUUGAAGCAGGAGGUGGUACGCAUGACUUUCUUGGGAAGAAGUACGGCGUAGGAUCUUCUACGGUCACGAGAAUAAUCCAAAAGAAAGAACAAUUCGUGAGGCGGUGGACAAGUUCAAGGAAUAUGGUGAAAAUAAUCGAAAAACAUUGAAAGAGCAGACGUUCCCUUUGCUGGAAGAAGCUCUUUACAUCUGGAUUUUACAGCAGCGGCAGUCCAACAUUUUGUUGACAGUGGAUAUUCUGAAAGCAAAGGCGGAGCUGCUGUUUAAGAUGUUCCAGGACCGGGGGCUCUAUGCGGUGCACGGUUUUUCUGCUUCGGAUGGCUGGAUGCAUCGUUUUAAGCAGCGGUUUGGAUUGCGCGUGAAAGCCGUAACAGGAGAAUAGGCAUCGGUAAACGUUGAAGCGUACCUAAAUUUCAAGAAGGUUCUACAGAAGAAGAUUCAGGAAAUGCAGCUAUCACUAUCCCAAGUCUUUAAUGCAGAUGAAUCUGCCUUGUUCAUCAAGCUCCUAGCCACACGCUCUGUCGUUACCUGUGAUGAGACCGUGGCAAGCGGACGGAAGCAAAACAAGACAAGGUAUACGUUUAUGCCUUGCUCCAACAUAGAUGGUUCCCUAAAGCUUCCGUUGUAUUUCAUUUGCACUGCUGCAAAACCACGAGGAAUCAACAUCGAAGAACUUCCCGUUUCAUAUAAUCAUUCCAAAAAGGCUUGGAUGACCAGACUGUUGUUCCGUCAAUGGUUCCACGAAGAGUUUGUCCCCGCUGUUCGAAAAUUUUCGGCCGAGAGAGGAUUGGAGCCAAAGGCAUUGCUGGUUCUUGAUAAUUGCACCAGUCAUUAUGACGUUGACGAAUCUCUACAGAGUGACGAUGGACUGAUUCAAGUGAUCUACUUCCCACCAAAUGUAACUGCUGAAUGCCAGCCGAUGGACCAAGCGGUCAUCAAUGCAAUCAAGCGAAAGUAUAAAAGAAAACUGAUGCUCGCAUUAAUUCUGGAAAACGAACACUUAAGUUUCGAAGAACGAUUGAAGAAGAUUAAUCUUCAACAGUGUAUUUCGUGGUUGGCAACCUCUUGGGAGGAGAUAUCUGACAAAACUAUACGUAAUUCGUGGAAGAAAUUGAUCGAUGGUUUGCCGGAGGAUGCUGUUAAUGUAGACUCGAAAGCGGCCGAUGAUGACUUCAAAGCGCUUGUGUCCAGGAUUGACAGUUUGGCAGGAACAAAAACAUCUGAGCAAGAUAUUGAUCUGUGGAUCAAAGAUCAGGUGUAUGAUGCUGAUCAUAAUCCAGAUUGGGUAACCAGUGAAGCGUUAUCUGAUGACGAGAUUUUGUCAUCAGUUCUCAAGAAAGAUCAACCUGAAAUGCAAGAAGAAUGGUUGGUAGACACAGAAGAUGGAAGUAAUUCGUUUGAUACUUCCAUUACUAGUACCGGAGAUCCUGAUUUUGGCGAUGCAAUCAAGUCAAUUGAUUGCCUAGUUCGCUAUAUGAAGCAUGAUGUUGCAGAAGUAUGCCGUUUGAACGCGCUACGUUCGAAAAUCACUGAAGUUGAAUGGCUAAUACGAGCAUGUUGA